UGCAAAAAUCAUCCAAAGAGACCCAUAAGACCAGAAGAAGUAUUUGCUCUCAGAAGUUCAAUUCAGGAAAGAAGAGUUGGCCAAAGAGCAUUUUUGCUUCAUUCACGUCGAUUACCAGAACUUUGAUCUGUGAUUGUGAGUUGGAAGAUUUCGACGAUGAGCGACGGAGAGGAUGUGUUACGGCGUCGUAAUGGGAUGACGGAAUACCGUAAGAAACUCCUCCAGCAUAAAGAGCUCGAAGGCAGAGUCCGAUCAGUGAGAGAGAAUUUAAGAGCGUCAAAGAAGGAGUUCAACAAGACUGAAGAUGAUUUGAAAUCUCUUCAAAGCGUUGGGCAGAUUAUUGGAGAAGUGCUCCGGCCCCUAGACAAUGAAAGAUUAAUUGUCAAGGCAAGCAGUGGUCCUCGUUAUGUGGUAGGCUGUCGCAGCAAAGUGGAUAAGGAAAAAUUGACUUCUGGAACAAGAGUUGUCCUUGAUAUGACGACGCUAACAAUCAUGAGGGCUCUUCCUCGAGAAGUUGAUCCGGUUGUUUAUAACAUGCUGCAUGAGGAUCCAGGUAAUGUUAGCUACUCAGCUGUUGGUGGUUUAUCCGAUCAGAUCAGAGAAUUGAGGGAAUCUAUUGAGCUGCCCCUUAUGAAUCCUGAACUUUUCCUUAGAGUAGGAAUUAAACCUCCUAAGGGCGUCCUUCUUUAUGGACCUCCUGGAACAGGUAAAACAUUGCUGGCUAGAGCAAUUGCUAGUAACAUUGAUGCCAAUUUCUUAAAGGUUGUCUCAAGUGCAAUUAUUGACAAAUACAUUGGAGAAAGUGCAAGGUUGAUACGAGAAAUGUUUGGAUAUGCACGGGAUCAUCAACCCUGCAUCAUAUUUAUGGAUGAGAUUGAUGCAAUUGGUGGACGCCGUUUCAGUGAGGGAACAAGCGCAGACCGUGAAAUUCAAAGGACGCUCAUGGAGUUACUCAAUCAGCUUGAUGGAUUUGAUCAACUUGGGAAGGUAAAAAUGAUAAUGGCAACAAACCGACCUGAUGUUCUUGAUCCUGCACUUCUCCGUCCGGGGAGACUAGACAGAAAGAUAGAGAUUCCAUUGCCAAAUGAGCAGUCAAGAAUGGAAAUCCUCAAGAUCCAUGCGGCUGGUAUUGCAAAACAUGGUGAUAUUGAUUAUGAAGCUGUUGUAAAACUUGCUGAGGGCUUUAACGGUGCUGACCUACGUAAUAUAUGUACUGAGGCUGGAAUGUCAGCAAUUCGUGCAGAACGAGAUUAUGUUAUCCAUGAAGAUUUCAUGAAGGCUGUGCGGAAAUUGAAUGAAGCAAAGAAACUUGAAUCUAGCGCACAUUACAAUACUGAUUUUGGAAAAGAAUAAACUCAUUUUUCAGAACUAUGGAGAGCCGCCAGUGCAUGUUUCAGGAUUCGGAUGAUGCGACUUUUUCCUUGUUUUUCCGAACGAUCAUGGUUUAAUUUAUUCCUUUCCAUUUUUAAGCAAUGUGAAAUGUAUCUAAUACAUUGUUGCUUGCACUAUUCAUGCUCGACAUGGUAUCCGGUCAUCUGUAAUGCGAACAUAAUUGUACUUGUUUUGUCUCCGGAUGUUCCAAGUAAAUUAAGGUAAACUUAGUUCGGCCUGGAA